AUGAAGCUAUUGUGCAGCCUCCUGGUCCUCUCUGGCCUCUGCUGGGGCCUCAGCACCAGCCAAUACGCCCCAGACCUUAUCACCUCGCUGCCCGGCUUGGCUGAGCUGCCCAACUUCAAGCAAUGGUCUGGCUACCUCCAGGCUGGCUUGGACAAAUACUUCCAUUACUGGUUUGUGGAAUCCCAAGGAAACCCGGAGUCUGACCCCUUGGUGCUUUGGCUCAAUGGAGGCCCUGGUUGCAGUUCCAUGGAAGGCUUAUUGGCAGAGAAUGGUCCCUUCAGGAUAAAUGAUGAUGGUUCCCUCUACAUGAACCCCUAUAGCUGGAAUCUAGUGGCUAAUGUGCUGUACCUGGAGUCACCAGCUGGAGUGGGUUAUUCCUACUCUUCUAGCCAGAACUAUAAAAUUGAUGAUCAGCAGGUGGCAGCUGAUAAUUACCAGGCUCUACAGAGCUUCUUCGCCAAGUUCCCCAACUUCACCAGCAAUGACUUCUAUGUGUUCGGAGAGAGCUAUGCUGGGGUCUACGUGCCCUCUCUCAGUGCUCAGAUUGUUAAGGGUCCAGCCUCCAUCAACUUUAAGGGCUUUGGUGUAGGGAAUGGAAUGAACAACUACCAGCUCAAUGAUGAGACGCUGAUUGAGUUCAGUUACUACCAUGGCAUCAUUGGAGACAAGUGGUGGCCUGAGACCCCCCCCCCUCCGCCGUGCCCCUGGGGAUUGGAGGAUGGCUCGGGUUGCCCUAGCUGCAAACUCCCUCUGGGGGCGGACCGAGCGCAAGCCCCCGCGCGCCUCCUCCGCUUCUCACUCCCCUCUCACUCUGCCCGCAGCCUCUGGGAGUCCCUGAACACCUACUGCUGCUCCGAGGGCGUCUGCAACUUCUAUAACAGCACCCAGGAGCAGUGCCUAGAUUCCAUCCUGGAGGCUUACAGAAUGAUCCAGGGUGUGGGUCUCAAUAUCUACAACCUGUACGCGCCAUGUUGGGGGGCAACGGGAUACCAGGAGCGCUAUGCGGCUGACAUGAGCAACCUGUAUCGCCAAUACCAGUUCAAUGUGGCUGUCCCGCCCCCUGGAGCCCCCAUCCCAGGAGUUCCCAAGUGCAUCAAUGCCACAGCUAUGUAUGUGUGGUUGAACCAAAACAAUGUGAGACAGGCCCUCCACAUCCCUGGAUUCCUUCCCAACUGGGAGCUUUGCAGUACCCAGGUGACUUCUCAAUACCAGAGGCAAUACAUGGACAUGGCUCCCUUCUACCAGGAGUUACUACAGAGCAACGUCCGUAUCUUGGUGUACAAUGGGGACACUGACAUGGCCUGCAACUUCUUGGGAGCAGAGAAGUUUGUGGAGUCCUUGAAUCAGCCUGUGAUGACCACCUAUCAGCCCUGGUACUAUCAAAGGCAGGUUGCAGGAUUCUUCAAGGAAUAUGAGCAAAUCACCUUUCUUACUGUCAAGGGUUCUGGACACAUGGUUCCCCAGUACCGACCAGCUCAGGCUCUGAAGAUGUUUGAGUGUUUCCUCAAGAACACCACAUACCUGUGAUCUUACCCUGCUGCUGAUUCAUAAAGGGUACUUCCCAGGCUGCUUAUUACUAAUCCUGAUAGCAGGCCUGGGGUCCUUGAAAAGCACCCAUGAUUGGCAGCCCAUCCAGCAAUCCCAGUUUCUCCAAAUGAAUAACUCUCGGCAAGUUUUCAAGGAUUAAAAAAGAUUUCAAUUUCUACAAUAAAAAGUUGUUUCCAAA